GUCAUGCUCAUGUCACCAAAAUACAAGUAGAACUUCGCCUAAUUUUUAAUGUAAACAUUAUUUAUCUAAUCUCAUCCAAAUCUCAAGCUACAUGAACAAAUACAUUAACACGUAAACAAACAAAAUUUGAAAGUGUUUUGAAAUGACAGAUCAGGAUAAUGUGAUAAACGGCCUAGAACACAAGGAAGCAAGUGCCUCGAAUAUCGAGGUGUUGAAAGAUCUGUGUGAGAACAAUGCGAAUUUUUUUGCACAAGAUACAAGCGAAAAUGGGCAACGACUGUAUAUUUCCUUUAUGGGAAUUAAAGAAAAUCUGGAUGAAAUUUCCCAGAAAAUGGCACGAAUUGCAUCAGAAGUCCACAGAUUUGAUUUUGAUGAAAAUACUCCAGGAAACGGGUAUAGGAGUUUUUUGAGUGUCGCCAAUUCGGCGAUUGAUUAUGGAAUAGCGUUGAACAAAAAGAUCUGUUUGAAAAGGGCCAGUGCUUUCUUCAGGAAGUCACAAUUAACAAAGGAUGUGGAGUCUUGUGCCCACUUAAUUGCAAGUCUGGAUACAUGUUUCAAACAUUUGGAAACGUUGUUAUCCUGGAGUAGUGCAGGAAAUUUGUUUCCUGAUGAAGAACAUUCCCCUCAAGAACUGUUAUCCAACUAUGAGGAUAUAAAUCAGUAUUGUUUUUAUGGUCGUUGUAUGGGAUUUCAAUUUUGUGAAUCAUUGAAAAACAUUUUACAAUUUAUCUCAAUGUCAAUGGCAAUUUUUUCCGAAAUUUAUUACAAUGAAGGUUCCUUUUUUGCAAAAGCUACCACUUCGUUAAUGGCUACUUCAAAAUACGUCAAUGAUCCUGAACAAAGAGCAAGAAGAAUUGUAAAUAUUUCACAAAAUGCUGAUGUAAAUUUCUGCAAAGCUUUUUGGUUUCUUUCUGAAAAUGAAUUAAUGACUAACAUGCCAUAUGUGGUUGCACCAAGUGUGGCAGUUUCCAGAAUUAUCAGUUUGCCCCCUGAACCUUUCACUCUUGAAGUUGAUGGUCAAGAAAUUGAUGUUCCUGUCCCAUCGUCCCAUAUUGGUAGAAAACCAGUCCAAGUGCGCCUUAUCAGUCAUGAAGUCCAUGAAGGCAUGAUUGGAGAAGCUUCAAAUAAAUACAAAAGUAAACCACCAGCAAGAGGCCUCAUUAUACAUUGUCAUGGGGGCGGAUUUGUUGCUCAAUCCUCUUUAUCACAUGAGUGCUAUUUGAGGGAGUGGGCAAAACAGUUGAAAGUACCUAUUUUGAGCAUUGAUUACAAUUUAGCGCCUGAGGCCCCCUUUCCAAGGGCUCUGGAAGAGGUCACUUAUGCCUACUGUUGGGCCUUGAAGAAUUGUCAAUUGCUAGGAAGCACAGGUGAGAGAAUAAUAGGCGCUGGAGAUUCGGCUGGAGCAAACUUGCUUCUUUCGACUACUCUAAAAUGCCUAAAUUUGGGCAUUCCGCCCCCGAUGGGCCUAUUCGUAGCAUACGUGCCUACUUUAGUAAAUUUCGUACCUUCGCCGUCUCGCUUAUUAUGUAUGAUGGAUCCUUUGCUACCGUUUGGCUUUAUGAUGCGUUGUUUGAAAGCUUAUGCAUGUCCUGACAAUAAAAAAGUGGAAAAUUGCGACCAAACUUCGGAUACUGAAAGUUUCGAAGAAAUAUCUGAAUCAGAUUUGAUGGAAUUGCAAGCUCACAAAUCACCGGUGUCUGAAACGUCCGAUACUUUGACUUACGGGUCUUUAAAUUCUGGUGGAGAAGAUGAUAGAAACAAAGAUGUUGAUUUGCAGCAGUCACAUAUCGAGAAUAGUCAAAAAUACGUUUCUGAUUUUUUGGAAAAGUACGUUUUGGAUUCUGAUACUGAGACUGACGGAACGAGAGUACCUGUUUUAAAACACGAAAGCGCAACUUCGUCUCAGUCAAUUGAUGAUUCUUUGCAAAGUAAAGUUUCGAGUUUUGUUUCAAAUUUGAAAUGGCGGUUCAACAGUUGGAUAGCAGAGAAGGCACAAGUUGGGGUGGAUUUUAUGGUACCAAGGAGUGCGAGUGCUGCUGAAAAAUAUCUAGAUUUGGACAGGCAGGGUAGUUUACUUGAUGAAUUCAAAUUUACAGUUCCCAAAGAUCCGUAUUUGAGUCCGUUUUGUGCUAAGGAUGAGGAUUUAGAGCGAUUUCCGCCGGUUCGGGUUCUGACCGUUCAUUUAGACCCCUGUUUGGACGAUUGCGUAAUGUUUUCAAAACGAUUGAAGGACUUAAAUAAAGACGUCCAUUUGGAUAUUUUAUCGGGGUUACCACACGGUUUUCUAAAUUUUUCUUUGAUUUCCAAAGAAGCCUAUGAGGGUUCCAAGCUUUGUAUAAAAAGAAUUAACGAGCUCUUGAACUUAGAUAAUCUGCCUCCACUACAAUAAUUUUUUAUAGGUACAAGUAGGAAAUAAAUGGGACUCUAGACUAGAUUUCGCUCUCUCAAAAGAACACAUUUAAAAAUUUCUGUCCAGUAUAUAAAGUAUUUUUUAUACAAAUUUAAGGUGUGUUGUAGGUGUUUUGAAUUAAUACACGGUUUCUUAAGUUCUACGAAGAGAAAACUAAGUAUUUUUUGUUGCAAAUAUUGUUGAAAAUGAUUUUCAGGUACCUGGAAAUUUUUUUUAUUUUUACGGCUGUGUUUAAAAAUCUUUUUGCUGCUAAGAUUUAUCAUUUGGUGCCUAAUCAAUUCGACUAAUCCAUAUUUAGCAGUACAUCAAAUUAUAAGUCCAUAGCAGUAUUAGAAAAUGAUUGUAUUUACAUUUCCUUAUAUAUCUACCAAAGUGAACUUGUUGCGUAACUUAUAGUGAUAAUUAUUUGUGCAAGUAGAUCUGAUUGUCAACAUUUAUACAAUGUAUUUAUUGGAUAUUGUAAUGGUAAUAAAUUAUUA